AUGGGAAGCAGUGGAGCAGAUACACCGUCUAAGACAAGCAAGGCAUCUGCCCCUCAGGAGCAGCAGCCACCUGCUACCUCAGGUGCUGCAACACCGGUUGUUUAUCCUGAUUGGUCCAGCUUCCAGGCAUAUCCUCCAAUCCCACCACAUGGGUUCUUCCCUUCAGCUGUGGCAUCAAGUCCACAGGGUCAUCCUUACAUGUGGGGAGCUCAGCCUAUGAUUCCACCAUAUGGAACACCACCGCCACCAUAUGUCAUGUACCCUCCUGGAGUAUAUGCCCACCCAUCUAUGCCCCCGGGUGCACAUCCAUUUACUCCUUAUGCCAUUACUUGUCCAAAUGGCAAUGCUGAUGCUACUGGAACUACUGCUGCAGCUGGUGAUACUGAUGGCAAGCCCUCUGAAGGCAAAGAUAAAAGUCCAACAAAGAGAUCUAAAGGAAGUUUGGGCAGCUUGAACAUGCUUACUGGAAAGAAUCCCAGUGAACAUGGUAAGACCUCUGGUGCAUCGGCUAAUGGAGCCACUUCUCAAAGUGGCGAAAGUGGCAGUGACAGUUCAAGCGAAGGGAGUGAAGGAAAUUCUCAUAAUGAUUCACAUCACAAGGAAAGUGGACAGGAGCAAGAUGGAGAUGUUCGAAGUUCCCAGAAUGGUGCAUCACGUUCACCAUCUGAGGGAAAAUUGAACCAAGCUAUGACAAUCGCGCCCAUGCCAUCAAGUGGCCCAGUAACUGGUCCAACUACAAACCUAAAUAUUGGGAUGGACUAUUGGGCCAACACAGCAAGCUCUGCUCCUGCAAUUCAUGGCAAAGUGACCCCAACAACAGUUCCAGGGGCUGUGGUCCCAGCAGAGCAAUGGAUACAGGAUGAACGUGAACUCAAAAGGCAAAGAAGAAAGCAGUCCAAUAGGGAGUCUGCACGCAGAUCUAGGUUGCGUAAACAGGCUGAAUGUGAGGAGUUGGCUCAACGUGCUGAUGUUUUAAAGCAGGAAAAUGCUUCACUUAGAGAUGAAGUAAAUCGUAUCAGAAAAGAGUAUGAGGAACUUCUAUCAAAGAAUAACUCACUAAAGGAAAAACUUGAAGGCAAACAACACAAAACUGAUGAGGCAGGACUUAACAACAAGCUGCAACAUUCUGGCGAUGCCAGCCAGAAAAAAGGAAACUAA